AUGCCGACCGAUAGUUCAUCAAAGGUCGUUGGUCGUUGCAAUCGUCUUGGCAAGCGAUGCACUUAUCUGAAUGUUGUGGAGAAGCGAAAAAGCCCAUCAAGCGCCUCGUACGUCCUGAUCAAGUCUCAGAGAUUGGUUUAG